AUGUCCUUGUCGCUCCUGACACCUCGCCUGGUUUCAACCCGCCAGCUCGUGGCUAUUCGGGCAGCUUCGGGACAUGUUCUAAAAGUUUGUUCCUCCAGUUAUCAGUAUUUACGAUUUCAUCAGGCCGAUCAAACACUUUCUAUCAACGAGAAGGGUUUUUUCAAAUAUGAACGAGAUGUUUCCCGCGACAAGCGCUACAGCAACCCACAAAAGCUGGGAGACACUCCUGCUCGGUUAGUUUUGGUUGAAUAAUCACGAUUUUAAAGUACAUUCGAAUGAAUAUUGAAAGUUAGUUAAGAGAUUUAUCAGAGUUGCCGUCUGCAGAUGGUGACGAGUAAUUCAAAUUAAGAGAUGUUGUCUAGAAGAGAUUUGCAAAUAUUUUAGAAGGACCAUGGCGUUGAAUCUGUAGCGUAUAACAUUUCAAAUUUAAAUGAACCCUUAAAAGAAAAGUUUCAUAAAAACCAGCCUGAACCAACCGAAGAGGAUUUCGACCUGAGUGUCUGUUUCAAAGCUUGGUAAAUGAGCUAUUUUCAGGACAAUUUUUUGAAUUGUGCAAAGUGCGAGAUUGAGCCUUAUUUUGAAAAUCUUAUGAACAUAGCUUUUCAUUGUUUAUGGACGUUUAUUUAUCUUUUUUUCCUAUUUUUGAGAUUAGAUGACUUGAAAUUUUAGCUUCAUUGUUUAUUAGAUAUUUUUAUUGUCGUUUGCAGGUUCCUUUUCCGCAAAUUGGGCCACGCGUACGAAAUUUACCCUCUCUUCGUUCUCACCGGAGUUUGGGCUGUUCUUUUCUGCUACGUAGUCUACUACUCGUUUGAGAAGACUGAAAUCUGGUUGGAUCGAAGUGAGUCGUCUUUUCAAUUACUUUCAUAGAAUUUGCCGAGAUUAUCAUUAAAACACCCUUAAAACAGCUAUAAUUUUUUUCGUCUUUUGUCUCUGAACCGAUUUUCAAAAAAAGUGGAACUCUUUCGGCUGUGAUCAAGGCGUUUUAAAGAAAAUCUCAUGAUAUUUCAGGAAAUUCUUGGGUCUACUUUUACGCUUAUAUGUUUGAAUUAUCCGUUUCUAAAACUCGAUAAGGUACUUGAAAUUUGCUCCCUUCUUCUUGCAAAUUUGAAAAUAUAUGGAUGGUGUGAAAAAAAAAACCAGCGAGUUUUUGUAGGGUGUUUUUUUUCGAUUUUUUCAUAUCGCUAGCAAACUCACCGACGGCGACGUUUCCGACUAAUUCAUUUCCGAAAUUUCUCUUUUAUAACUCUCGGUUCCUAGAAAAAUCUAUUAACUUUUUUUCUCUUUAUUCUUUGUGUUUCAAUCAUGCAUCAAUUACCUAUUUCAUAUAGGAAGAUUCGAAACAAAGAGUUUAUCGAGAAAAGUCGGAAAGUUCUCUAGCGCUAGCGAUAUGAACAAAUCGGUAAAGUCACCGUUCGAAAUUUCGCUGAAUUAUAUUUUAUUUCAUACCACCAUAAAAAUGAACAGAUCUCGAGAACAAGAGGUCUUUAUUUCGAGACCGCUAGCUAUCUUUCAGAGAUUAAAAAAUAAAUCGCAUAUCUUUUUUUUUUGUGAAAAGUUUGUUUUUGAGUAUUCCUUUUUUUGAUAUCGAAGAUGACUGAGCAAUCACUGUUUCAAUUUUUUUUGCUUCUAAAAAAAUCAUUUCUGUUCAUAUAAAAAUUUAAGAAAAAAAUUUGGGGAGUAUGUUAAGUUUCGAUGGUAUGAAAUGAACAUCACCAAAAAUUCAAACGGCGACUUUUCCGAUUUUUUGAUAUAGUCUGUUCAGAUUUUGAAUGUCAACCAGCUAACUCCGCCCCUGCUGAGACUGUACCUUUUCGCGUCGAUGUUUCAUCGCGCGGGACUAACUUUUGAUCUUUUUCGAUCUAAAAGAUAGAAAAAAAGAGGUCAAAAAAAGCAGCCUUAUUAAAGGGCCAUUGGCAUAUGUAGAUAAAACAUUGACGCGAAAGAUAUUGUAGCCUUGGGGGUGGAGUUAGCUGCUUGACAUUCAAAAUCUGAACAGACUAUAUCGCUAGGGAACUUUCCGACUUUUUUCCCUUAUCUUUUUCGGUUUUUAAAACAGAUAUAAACAUUUUUUUUUCCUAUUUUUUGUGUUUUAAUCAUGAACUACCUACUUUACAUAGGAAGAUUUAAAACGAAAAUUUUAUCGAGAAAAAAAGUCGGAAAAAGAUUCGUCGGAAAGUUCCCUAGCGAUAUGAAAAAAUCGGAAAAGUCGCCGUUCGAAUUUGCGCUGGUGUUUUCGCUGGUAAACCACCUAAAUUUCUUCAAGGGUGCAUGCACAAGAAAGAUCAUAUUUUUUUUUUGUUCAUAGAACGAGCCGAAUCAUAGGGAAACGCCGCAGAUUUCAACAGCGUGGUUGGUUGAUGCCUUUUUAACAGGUAAAAAAUUUGAAAGGAAUGUCCUAUUGGACAUGUGCCAAAAUUGCUUUUCGUCUCGAGACUUGGAACCAGAAGUGUUUUGCUGAGCGCGUCACAUUAGCUCUGAACGCGGCAUUAGAAACCUACUAAGCAAAUUGGCCCGAAAAACUAUAAAGAUCCAGUUCUCACUUUGUAUUUGACUUCAUAUUUUGGUUCCAGGCUCUACCGUGGCGCCGUGGGAUUGGGAAAGAAUCCGCAACAACUAUUGGAAAAAGCCAACUUUAGUGUAAGAUGAGACCUUUGAAGCAAUUUUAACCUAGUGAUUUAAGGUUCGACCCCGAAGGUGUCACCCAUAAGCGCCUCGAAAUAAUGGAAACUUUGCAAGACGAGAUGAUGGCCGCAGCCAAGCAACGAGGAACUCGAUAG